ACAUGGCCUCUUGUAUGGAGGGCAUCCAUAUCAAAGUUCUGAAAAAAUGAUUACACCUUCAGUGUCAUCCUCUGCAAAUCUUAAAAGCAAAGAACAACCAGAGGGCAUGUCUAAGGACCAGGAACAUUUCAGGAGCCAGGGAAAGCCAGAUGUUAACCACUUCCACAGUGAUAGAGAUAAAUCUGUAAACCAAACUUUAAACACAUCAGAUAAAAACCUUCCUGUUGUUCGAGAUGAUAUAAUCUGCAUCGACCUGGUGCGUGAUGAGGAAGACAAAGAUUUUUCCAGCAACAGUCUCAGCUGCACCUCAGAAGCUUCACAAGGCAUCAGUGGAGAUGAUCAUAACCAAAACAAAGGCCCAUUGCCUCUAAAACCCCUUUGGCUGAGCCAAAGGGCAGAACAAACACUGAGCUUAUUGCCCCACUCUACAAAUUACACCUCAAGAUCACUUUCUCCUACUAGCCAAGAGGUCUCGGAAGACCCACUGAGUCCAUUCCCAAACAUCCCAGAGGAGCAGACAAUGCAAUGUGCCCGAACUUCUCCAUGGUACUUUACUAGAAAACAUAAAACUAGAACCUCUGGAGACUUGACUUGUGAUGGAAAUGGUGCCACGGAUGAAAUUAAAACAAAUGCUUCAGACAAUGAACUUAACAAAUCUCAUCAAAGCCCUUCUACAAAUGGAAAUUCAUUAGUUCCCGUUGGCCAGAAAAGUAGCUCCAGUGAUGUUAACAACAAUAUAGGAUUAAAAUAUACAGUCACGAGUCCAAAGAGUUCAUUUUACGAAGCCAGUCCUCCUACAGAGAAUCCAGUUCACAGCGCUAUGUCAGUAGCAUGUAAAGAUUUCAGUCCUCAGAUCUUGUCCUGCAGAAGUUUUAAUUCUAAAGUUCCACUUGGAGGAGACAUGAAUUCCAGGCCUCCUCUAUUAUGUCCCAACACUGAACCCAGAGACCCCGCAUGUACCAGCCCAAACAUAAAUGCUGAUGCACCAUGCUGCAGAAAUAUCAAUUUAAGUAUGUCAACUUGUGAACCAAAAUUUUUCAAUUGUUCAACUUGUGGAAAUGGAAACUUAGAGGAUCCAUGUUCAACUAACAACAGUCUCCAGAUUACUAAUGGUGGAAACAGCAAUGCUGUGUGGACAGAUGCCAAUCUGAGAGGUCCUGCAUUUGGAAGAGACUUUAGUAAUCCUACCAGUGAAAGUUCCCUCUCAAAGAGCCACCUAUCAUGUGCAAAUAGAAACCUUGGGGUCCAUACAUAUGAAAACAGUUUUACUCUUGGUCAAACCUGCCAGAACAUUUUACCUACUAAUGAAAGUGUUAACAAGGUCCAUGGAAAUGUAAUCCCAGAAGUUAACAGUGAUGAUGAAACUAUCCUAGCCAAUACCAGCUGUGGAAAGGAACAGACAGACUCUAAUGUUCAGGAUGACCCACGUGAAGAGCCUGGUUGUAGUAAGAACCAGCAGUCAGGCCUGAAGAACAGCAUCACCAAUUUGUCUGACUAUGUGGGCGAUUCGUUUAAAUAUGGGACCUCAGAGAUUUGCACAGAUGUUGGCGAACUGGACCAAGACCAAAGAGCUCUACAGCAUACGAUGCUUCGAUUCUCCGAGAUGGUGCUGAAGGAGAAAGGGGGAGGAAGAGGAGGAGAGGUUGAACGUGAGCUGGCAGACAGCCAGCUGAGAGACAGAAGGGGGGAUGAAUACAAAGAGGAGGAGGAGGAGAGGAGGAAUGAAGAGGAGGGUGGAGAGGAACGCUGCCCGGAGAGAGAGGGGAGGCGAGGAGGAGGAAGUCCCUCUGCUGCCACCGCUGAGACCCUGAGAGGAGAGUCCAGCUACCCCGAGGAGGAAACUUAUUUCAACCGCCUGUAUCCGUGA